AUGAGAGAAGCAAAUCAAACACAGGUGACGGAAUUCCUCCUUCUGGGACUCUCUGAUGACCCACACACCCAGAAGUUGCUAUUCAUUUUAUUCCUGGCUGUCUACCUCAUCACUGUGCUUGCAAAUCUACUUCUCAUGUGCCUUGUUCAGGUUGACUCCCGGCUUCACACACCCAUGUAUUUUUUCCUCUGCAACUUAUCUCUAGCUGACCUCUGCUUUUCUACCAACAUCGUUCCUCAAGCCCUAGUCCACCUGCAUUCCCAGAAGAAGGUCAUUUCAUUCACACGUUGUGCAGCUCAGGCCCCUGCACUGUUGAUCGUGGCAUCCACAGACACUCACACUGCAGAGAUGGUCAUCUUCUUCAUGGGUGUCGUGAUUCUCCUCAUACCUGUUUCCCUAAUUCUGGUAUCCUAUAGUCACAUCAUUGUGACUGUGGUCAGGAUGAAGUCAGCUGUGCGGAGGCUCAAGGCUUUCUCUACCUGUGGCUCCCACCUCGUGGUGGUUAUCCUUUUUUAUGGGUCAGCAAUUAUCAUUUACAUGACUCCAAAGUCUUCCAAAGAACAGGAAAAACUGGUGUCUGUGUUCUAUACAAUGGUGACACCCAUGCUUAAUCCCCUCAUCUAUAGCCUGAGAAACAAGGAUGUGAAGGGCGCUCUGAGGAAAGUAGCCACAAGGAAUUUCUCAUGCAGGUUUGAAAUCUUCCGCUGA